UAAAAUAUCCAGUUUGCAUGUAAUACAUUUUUUAUGUCUAGGUCUAAUUAGUUAGUAAACAACCCUUUUCUAAGACAAUUAUAGCUGAACGAUUUGCAAUAUGCCUCCAGUAGAAAGAAUGGACAUGUAUCUAACUCACGUGAUGAAAUAUUAGUAUCAAAUGUAAGAUUUAUCUAAAAACCACUUAUUCGAAACCCCAAGGUUGCACCGUUAUUUAAAGGGAUUUAGCAUUUAAGCGACAAAACGUAAAACAACUAUCCCCAGCCAAUGCGAUCUGACGUUUAGAAUCGCGUUUUCAACAAGAAAUAAAAGGAACGGAAGAAAUGAUGUGUCAUAUGCGGUGUAGUCCAACAGACAAUCUACACUUGCGCUAAUUCCCAGUUACAGAGCUAUAAAAUACUGCGCCUCGGUGUCGGAGGUGGUCGCUUGGUCUUUCAUGAACAGUACAUAUGGGGAUAUGUUCGUGUGGGAACAUAACCUAGCUAUAUAUGUCACCCCACUCUUACAAGUCACUAAACAACGUUCCUAAACGCCUCAUAAUGGAGAAGAUGGUUACAUUUUCAAGAUUGUUUUCUCUACUGAUGGCUUCUACCCUGGCAUAUCUGCUCUAUGUUGUCAUCAUCCUGCACAGAUCAACUCCAGACAAACUGUUUCAACAAAAGCAAAUCUUGUUCCACAUCUCUAACCAGUCCAUCACAUCUGUGAAAAACACUAAACACUUCACGGUGGGGGCCUACAGGGAACAUCGUGUGAAGGGACACGUCGUACGAAUCAUCAGUAUCUUCAGGCGAGAUUCUGUCCAGCCUCUGUACUGUUUGUUUUGCUGUGGGACUCACUGUACAAAUGGAUUAAAGGCUGAGGUCCAGAUGCACUCAGACCACUUUGGCUUCCCCUUUGUGACGACGGAUGUCCUGUGUCCAUAUCCUGCCAACUGCAACCCGCUGUAUGUGGCCCUUUCCACACAAGUUUCCGUGCUUGCACAGAACCACACCUUCCUGUCAAUACAGAACCUUGUGAAUAGGAAGGAAGUGGAUUUUCCUUUCAACUUCACAGUCUGUGUGUCCAAUCUAUUUGGAGACUAUAACAAUGUACUUCAGUUCACCCAGACUCUAGAGAUGUACAAGUUAUUGGGUGUGCAACGUGUUGUAAUAUAUAACACCAGCUCUGGACCAGACCUGAAGAGACUGCUGCAAAGUUAUGCACAGGAGGGCUUUGUGGAGGUGGUGCAAUGGCCUAUUGACCAACAUAUGGACCCGUCCCGUGGCUGGCUGUUCAGUGAACACGGAGGGGACAUUCACUACUAUGGCCAGCUGACCACUCUGAAUGACUGUAUCUACAGACACAUGUACCAGUCCCGCUACAUACUGCUAAACGACAUAGAUGAGAUUAUAGUUCCAUAUCAGCAUGAAACCCUGCCUCCGAUGAUGGAGGCACUUCAGAGCCAACACCCAAAGGCAGAGGUUUUCCUCAUAGAGAACCACAUAUUUCCUAAGACCCAAUUUGACCCAAGUAGAAGGUUUAAUCUGCCCCGGUGGAGGAAUGUUCCAGGGAUCAACAUCAUGGAGCACAUUUACAAAGAGGAGCCAGACUAUAAGAACUACCACCCCUAUAAGAUAAUAGUACGGCCCAGAGGAGUGGAGCAGACGUCGGUCCACGAAGUACUGCGUAGCUUCGGGGAGACGGUGCAAGUUCCUCCUAAAGUUUGUCACAUCAUCCAUGUCAGAGUUCCAUUACGUAAAGGUCUGACCAAAGAAAACCUGCUUGAAGACAAGAGGGUCUGGGACUAUAAGGGAGAACUUGUGUCUAAUGUAGACAAAGCUCUGGAAAGAGCAGGGCUACUAACCAGAUAGAGUGAGACAGGGAAGGUGGGAACUAUGAGGGGCCGUAUAAGACAUUAUUUAUUCUGAUACUCUCAUAUACAUAC